GUUUAAACCAAAAGCGAGUGACAUUGUCUUGUUUUUUUAUUUAGUCCGUCCUUUUAUUUUGAAGGUUUGAAACGGAAGUUGAACCUGUUUGCGCUCCUAACCCAGAUCCGCUUUUUGCGGAGGAAUGUGGCUGCUGUGUCCCCAUCGGGAGAGCUGUAUGACAGAUGGAGGAAUGCCGGGGGCGCGCAGGCUCCCGCCGUCUGAUUACCGUGACACUCCAAACAUGGUAGUUUUCUUCAAAACGGACCACCAAGGAAGAGAAGCGGGUCAAUUUUGAACAAAGUUGAAGCUCUCCACACAAUCUUGGGUUCAUGCGUUUGCUCCUAAGCAUGGACUCUUAGGCUCCCAGUCUUUAGGAGAAUCUGCUUCCACUCGUCCCGCUGUCACUUGACGGGCUGUCCUUGGAGUAUCGCUCCUUCACCUGGUGCUGCUGCUUGACUGUCGGAAGACCGCACAAUGUUCUCUGCUCUGAAGAAGCUGGUGGGAUCUGAGCCGGGGCAGCUCAGGGAGAAAACCAUUCCUGCCGGACUGCAGUCCAUGAAUCAGAGUCUGCAGAGGCGAUUCGCCAAAGGAGUGCAGUAUAACAUGAAAAUCGUGAUCCGAGGCGACAGGAACACUGGGAAGAGCACCUUAUGGCAUCGGCUGCAGGGCAAGAAGUUUGUGGAGGAGUACAUUCCCACCCAGGAGAUCCAGGUCACAAGCAUUCACUGGAACUACAAAAUGGCUCCAUAUCAAGCUACAGAUGACGUGGUGAAGGUGGAGGUGUGGGACGUGGUGGACAAAGGACAGAAACACCUUUUUCCUGAAGGUGUGGGCAAAGGCAAACGGCGGGGAGACAACUUGAAACUGGAGAAUGAACCACAAGAGUCAGACGAGGUGGCGCUGGAUGCAGAGUUCCUGGAUGUGUACAAGAACUGCAACGGAGUCAUCAUGAUGUUUGACAUAACCAAACAGUGGACCUUCAGCUACAUCAUGAGAGAGCUGCCCAAGGUGCCCACCCACGUCCCGGUGUGUGUUCUGGGGAACCACAGGGACAUGGGCGAGCACCGGGUCAUCCUGCCCGACGACAUCAGAGACCUGAUCGCUGGUCUGAACAGGCCGAUGGGAUCCUCUUACAUCCACUACGCAGAGUCGUCCAUGAGGAACGGGUUCGGCUUGAAGUACCUCCACAGAUUCUUCAACAUUCCUUUCCUUCAGCUGCAGAGAGAGACGCUCCUGAGGCAACUGGAGACCAACCAGCUGGACAUGGACGCCACGCUGGAGGAGCUGUCAGUGCAGCAGGAGACAGAAGACCAGAACUACGACAUUUUCCUGGAGAACCUGGAGUCUCGCAGUAAAGGCUUUGGUUCUCCUGGUCCAGCUAAUGGCCAGAGUCCCUCGUCUGGCUCCCAGUCCCCCAUCAUUCCCCCCAGCGGGGCUUCCACAGGCAGCUCCAGCCCCAACACUCCACAGCCCCCAGUUCCAGCCCAGAUGCUUCCUCAGUCAGCCUCUGCAUCCAUCUCCUCCCCUCCACCUCCCCCAGUACCACCAGCAGCAGCAGCAGCAGCAGCAGGUGGUGGGGCCGUCUCCCCCACGACUGAGAUGAGGCCAUCUGCGCAGUCACCCGAGUGUCAGCAGUCUGCAGCUCAGAAACGUGGCUUCAUGUCCCGCUGGUUUGGGUCUGCUCCCGCGGACACUCCUGUUCCUACAGCCGAGGAGCCUCCUGCAUCCUCCGGUCCUGUGAAGGUGCAGAGUGUGGAUGACUUUGUGCCGGAUGAAAGACUGGACGGGAGCUUCCUGGAGGACAGCCUGCCCUCGAAGAGCAAACGGCCCCCACCCGCAUCAGCUCCAGCCAUGGACAGCGACAGUGACGGCGAGGGCAGGGGGAACCCCAUGGUGUCCGGGUUCCUGGACGAGCUCGAUCCCGAUGACAAUGAACCAACCCAACCCCGGGCUUCCAAACCACCCCCCAGUAAACAUGUCACCCUGACCAGCGAUGAAGAGGGGGGAGAAGAAGCAGCGCCCAUAAUUACACAGGACCAGGACGUGGACAGCGAGCCCGAGCUGAAAGUAGCUGCACCACCUCUCACCAAACCAAAGGCGGGGUCUAAACCCACGGAGCGCACAGGCCACGCCCCCGUCUUCCUUACGCUGACCCCAGCAGCAGUGGAGCAGCCGGCCCGACCCCAGAAGAAGAAGAAGGGUCCCUCGAGGGCGGAGGACUCGGACACAGACCCAGAACCCCCUGUGGCCCAGCAGAUGCUGUCUUUCGUCAUGGAUGACCCUGACUUUGAAUCUGAGGCCUCUGACACCCCCAAGAUUGUAAAGGAGACGUUUCCGCUCAGAGACGACCUCCUGUCCGACCUCUCUGACGAGGACAUUCCUGCAGUCACGGCGCCGGAGCCGCUGAAGCCCACUGUGAUCUCCUUCAAGCCCAAGGACGACGCCGACCUGUUCGGCCUGGGCAUCCGGGAGGAAGCUCCUGCAGCGAAGGACAGCAGCGAGGAGCUGGAAGAGAAAGACGGCAAGCCCUCCUCCAAGGAGAAGAAGAAGAAGAAAAAGAAGAGCAAGGAGGAGGAGGAAAAGAAGAAGAAACACAAACACAAGAAGAAGGAGAAGGACGAAGCUGCAGCUACAGAGGAGAAGGACAAACGGAAGAAGAAGUCCCGGUCGAAGAAGUCUGAGGUGGAUGAGCUGGAGGACUUCUUGGGUGGGGGAGAAGGAUUGGUCAAACGAGAUGAUGGAGAUUAUGAAGAGCUAUAAAAACCGGCGCUGAAGCGAGACGUGUGACGUCCAGAGGAGCAGAGAGGAAACAUCGGCAGUCGCUGUGAGCGGAGAGCUUCAAGCCAUAAACCAAGCGAGGCUGCAGGAGGCUCCAUCUCUACUCCUGCUGUCACUCCCAUUCCAGCCAAUAAGAGGAGGCAGCAGGAGCCAUGCAGACUGUGUGGCUGCAGAACCUGAAUGAGUGUCUGGAUUUCAGUUGUACACGUGGUCUCCGCUGAGUGUUUGUGUUAACGUGUGAGCAUGCUCAGUGAUGACGGUGUCUUCAUCUUCCCUUUAAUUCCUUCGUCUGCUUGUUCUUUAGUCUUUUUUUUUUUUUUGCCUCUGUUGUGCAGGAGAACCAUGUGACCCACGCUCCUACCCCGCCGCUUCAACGAAGCUGUGCAUCACCACUCGCUUUCAGUUUACAAGCUAACAGACAAGCCGCUGAGCCACAGCAGAACACUUCCCGGUUCUGGUGGUUCUGAAUCAUUAGAACCUUGUUCUGUUUGGCUGCUCCACCCUAUUAUGUAGUUUCUGCUGACACAAGCUCCUUCUGCCCAUAACAUUUGCUGUGGAGAAUUGAUUUGUCCCCCCCAUUUCAAGUGUUCUUACUGUAAGCUGGUGGGUCACAUGACCCGGCUGUCACCGCCUUUUAUUGGUGGAUUUGUUGGCUCAUUCUUCUUUUGUUUUCUUUGUUCUAUUUAUUUCUGCUUUGAUGCAAAUGUCGGAUAUUAGUCCUGGUUUUGCUUUUGUUUCUGCUCCACAGCCGCUCACUCCGACAAACUCCAUCCAGCUUCCGGCUGCAUAGCUGCAGGCGGGGGGAGGGGGGGCGUGAGACACGAUGGACUCAAACGAGGCUCUUCAGCCCCCCCAUCACCCGAAUUAACAUUUAAUACUCCCAGCGUUCAUCUGUAUUUGCACACAUUUCCACUCAUUCAUGGUUUAGAUGAACAAAAAUAACGAUUUUGACAUUUCAAAGUUGAAGCUAUGCAGCAUUUAUCUCCAGUACUGUUAGCAUUUUGGACUCUUUGUGAGGAUAAAUGCUGAAGGCCGUUUUAAAAGUCCACUCGAGUGCUGAGCAGGAACAAAAUGGAAAUAAACGUUUGAAAUCUUUGUUCCAGCAUGGAAACGCUGUCGGCUUCCUGCCUCUUCUGGCGGCAGUGAGGACGUCAGAGACGCUGUAUCAUCAUGAAUAAAGCUCUUGGUUUUUCUUUUCUCUCAUGACCCAUCUGUGCUCUAAGAGUUUACCCAUGUUUGUCAAAUAAAAAACUUAUUUCUUCAUAACAGGACAA